GUUGGCAAGGAAAUGGCUACAGCUGUCAGGAUGUGGACGAAUGUUUGACAAAUAAUGGUGGCUGCUCUACUACCCCAGUGGUCCAGUGCAUGAAUACCAUGGGUUCAUUCCACUGUGGUCCUUGCCCCCCUGGUUAUGAGGGGGAUGGGAGAACAUGCACACAAAGUAAUAUCUGCUCUUCCAACAACGGAGGAUGUCAUCCUCUAGCUAUUUGCUCCUCCAGCCCAGGUUCAGCAUUCCCUUUGUGUACAUGCCCACAAGGAUACACUGGCAAUGGCUAUGGUCCGUCUGGCUGCACCCAGAUAAGCAACAUCUGUGAGACUAACAACCCUUGUGUCAAUGGACAUUGUACGAGCACCACUUCAGCAUCUGGCUACAUCUGCAACUGCAACCCUGGCUGGCAAGGAAUUCACUGUGAUCAGAAUAUCAAUGAAUGCUUGAGCAACCCCUGUCAAAAUGGAGGAACCUGCAGUGACGGCAUUAAUGGAUUCACAUGUACCUGUACUGCCCAGUGGACAGGCCCAAUCUGCCAGACCCCACAACAAGAGUGUGGAGGCCAGCUGACUGGUCCUGCUGGUUCUUUCAGUUAUCCCAACAACCCAGGUCAUGAUGAAUAUGAUCACCUGGUCAGCUGCACUUGGGUGGUCCGCACUGAUCCGAAUAAGGUUCUGCGCAUCACAUUUCCAUUCUUUCAUCUGGAGAGCAGCAACAACUGCAACUUUGACUUUCUACAGAUUCAUGAUGGGGACAAUCCCUCUGCUUACAUACUUGGAAAAUACUGUGGCCAAAAUAAUCCUCAAGAACUUUACAGCUCCCACAAUUCUUUGUACUUUUGGUUUCGUUCAGAUCAUUCUGUUAAUGCUGGUGGCUUCACAAUUGUGUGGGAGUCCAAAGACCCAGUGUGUGGUGGUGAUCUGACUGCUUCCUAUGGCAACAUAAACUCACCUGGUUACCCUGGAAACUAUCCACCAGGGCGAGACUGCUACUGGACAGUUUCUGUGGAUCCUGGCUUGCUUAUUACAUUUGCAUUUGGGACUCUUAGCAUAGAACAGCAUCCUGAUUGCAACUAUGAUUUUCUGGAGAUUCGGGAUGGCCUUCUGUCAGAAGACCCGGUUCUUGGGAAAUACUGCAAUACUGCAUCACCACCACCUCUGCAAACAACUGGGCCAGCUGCAUGGAUCCACUUUCACUCCGACUUUACAGUCUCUGACAGAGGCUUCCACAUCACAUACACAACAUCACCUAGUGAUCCUGGCUGUGGUGGUACAUUCACUGACAGUGAGGGGAUCCUAAUAUCUCCCAACUGGCCGAACAACUAUGCCCACAACCGGCAGUGUAUUUAUUUGAUCAGAUUGCCUCCAGAUGAACAGGUGGCUCUCAACUUCACUAACCUGGAGCUGGAGAAUCAUAGUGAUUGUUCUUUUGACUAUGUGGAGGUCCGUGACGGGAGGAUGGAGACUGAUCCACUGAUAGGGAAAUAUUGUGGGAGCACCCUGCCAGCUCCGAUUCGCUCGUCCUCCAACUCUCUCUGGAUCCGUUUUAAGUCUGACAGUUCAGUCAGCCGAGCUGGUUUCAGGGCUGCCUACAGUGUUGCUUGUGGAGGUACCCUUUCUGGAACUGGAGAGUUCCGGUCUCCAUACUACCCAAAUCCCUAUCCCCACAACAAAGUCUGUGAGUGGGUCAUCAACCAACAAGAGGGCUACGUGGUCACAUUGAAUUUCCUGUCGUUUGAUGUUGAAGGAGGCUCCUGCAGGUUUGACUUUGUUGAGGUCAGGGAUGGACCCUCACCUAGCUCUCCCCUCCUGGGGAAAUUUUGUGGUGACGAGAUUCCUCCCAGGCUCCAGUCAACACAGAAAUCUAUGUACAUCCAGUUCAGCACAGACUCCUCUGUCAACAACCAUGGCUUUGAAGCAGCAUAUGACUCUGCCAUUGAGGGCUGUGGAGAUACUUUGACAAGUCCUUCAGGCACCAUUACCAGCCCUGGUCACCCAACAAACUAUCCACAUGGUGCCAAUUGUACCUGGUACAUUAGUGUUUUACCAGGGAACCUAAUUCGGCUGUUGUUUGACUCAUUCAACCUGGAGUACCAUACUAACUGUAACUAUGACUAUCUUGAAGUUUAUGAUGGGACUGGAACAACUGGGAACAAGACUGGCAGGUACUGUGGGCGCUCAGUACCUCCAUCUAUAACAAGUGCUGACAACCAAAUGACCCUUCUGUUUGUGACUGAUUCAAGUUUAUCGGGGGAAGGGUUCUCUGCCAGUUAUGUGUCCAUCAAUGCUAGUACAGACUGUGGUGAGAGCUUUACCUCUCCAACUGGAACCUUCACCUCUCCAAGCUAUCCUAACAGCUAUCCCAACAGCCGAGACUGCACCUUCAAGAUCAUUGUUGAGCUCAACAUGCAGAUUCUGUUGAACUUCACCAGCUUUGAGUUGGAGGGCACUCCUCCUUUUUGCAGCUUUGACUUUGUGGAAAUCAGGGAUGGGGGCUAUGAGACGUCUCCCCUGAUUGGUAAGUUCUGUGGCAGUCAGAGACCUCCAGUUGUGGUGUCACAUAGCAAUCGUUUAUGGAUUAGAUUCCACUCUGAUCCCUCAAUCACAAGUCAUGGAUUCAUUGCGCACUGGGAUGGAACACAGACAGGUUGUGGAGGAACAUUGACAACUGCCUCUGGAGGAUUGUCUUCUCCCAAUUAUCCUUUACCGUAUCAUCCCAAUGCUGAGUGCUACUGGAACAUUAGGACCAGUCAGGGCAGCCAGGUCCAACUGUCUUUUUCAGGUUUCCACCUGGAAUCCAGCUCAUCCUGUUCUUAUGAUUACCUAGCUGUACAUGAUGGAAACAGCAGCACUGCUCCAGAACUGGCCAAGUUGUGUGGCACUGAGCUACCAAGGCCGAUCAACUCUUCCAGCAAUCAACUGUACAUCAAACUCCGCACAGACAGCAGUGUGAACACUGGCGGCUUCAUUGCAUUUUAUAACACCAAGUGUCACAACAUAAUUAUCUCACAUCAACACCAAGGAGUAAUCGAGUCGCUGAACUUUCCUAACAACUACCCAGGCAACAGUCUGUGCAGCUGGACCGUCCAGGCUAGCAGUGGAAACACGAUUAACUACACCUUCACCGCAUUUCAGUUAGAAGACACUUACAACUGUAACUUCGACUACAUAAAGCUCUAUAAUGGCCCUAAUGAGCAAGCUCCUCUGAUUGGUGCAUUCUGUGGGAAUACACCACCUCCAGCUAACAGCACUACAAGCUCCGCCCUCACCCUGGUGUUUAGAACAGACUCCUCCAUAUCCAUGCCUGGAUUUCAGAUGAUGUGGUAUCAGAAUGGUUGCGGAGGGGAUGUUGGUGGGCCCAAUGGCUCCAUUAGCAGCCCGGGCUAUCCAAACAAGUAUCCUGACAACAGAGAGUGCAUCUGGUAUAUCACCACAACACCUGGAAGCAGCAUUACUUUGACUAUCCAUGAGUUUGAUGUGGAGUUCCAUGAUAACUGCAACUAUGAUGUACUAGAAGUGUAUGGAGGCCCAGACUUACAGGCGCCCAGGUUGGCCAGGCUUUGCAGCACUACUUCCAACCCAAUGCAAGUCUCUAGCACAGGAAACCAGAUCACAGUGCGCUUUAAAUCUGAUGCCUAUGUCAGUGGUCGAGGAUUCAAUGCAAGCUGGACAGAACUCCAGGGAGGGUGUGGAGGGCCAGUCACUGCUCCUUCAGGGGAGAUCCAUUCACCCCUGUACCCAGCCAGCUAUCCCAACAAUGUGGACUGCUCAUGGAUGAUCAGUGUGGAUGCCAGUCACCGCAUCUUGUUAAACUUCACCGACCUGGAUAUUGAAAAUCACAGCAACUGUUCCUUUGAUUAUGUCACUGUCCAUGAUGGUCCGAGCAUAUUAUUUCCUCUGCUUGCCCAUGUGUGUGGGUCCAGCCCACCUCCUUCCAUCACCUCCACCCAGAACACCAUCUAUGUCCGCUUUAGAUCAGACUCUAGUCAAAAUCAUCGAGGCUUCAGUGCUAGAUUCUCUGAAGCUUGUGGAGCAACCAUUAUAACAGACAAUAAUGGUGGGGCAAUUUCAUCACCAAGGUACCCUGCAAAAUAUCCACCAAAUCAGAACUGCAGCUGGAUCAUCAAAGCACAGGAACCAUUCAACCAUGUGACCCUGUCCUUCACUGACUUUGAGUUGGAGAAGAUAAACUCUAAUUGCUCACACGACGCUGUAGAAAUACUUGAUGGAGACAAUUACCAAGCUCCCUCUAUAGGUGGGUAUG